GGAGGCUGGAAAGCAACGAGUGGGGGAAACCCGCGUAGCCGAGGGAGCUGCAGCGCGGGGAGAUGGUGGCCGGUGGAGCAUCCCAUCUUCCUCCAGAUCCCGCCAUGCAGUGAAUCCUCGCAAGCCUGCCCCAGGAUGGAGCGGGGCAGCCUUUUGCCUUUCCAGCUCUGGUGCCCUCGGCCCUUUGGCACCUAUUCACAGAAUCAGCCACGAACACCCGCCGCAACGCUCAAGCCACCGGCCUGCCCGGAGCCGAGCAGCGGGGCUGAGCCAGAUUUGGGCCCGCCACUGUCAGAGAACACGCCGCCCACCCUGGCCUCGGAGGUCCCAGGGUCCCAACCCACCCCUCUCCUCUCAGCCUCGGGUGCUGGUGACGAGGGUCGGGUCCUGCUGGACACGUGGUAUGUCAUCAAGCCAGGCAACACCAAGGAGAAAGUAGCUUUCUUCGUGGCCCACCAGUGCAGUGGGGGCAGCCGGGCCAGCUCCAUGAAGGUCAAAGGCCACUGGGGCAGCGACAGUUCCAAAGCCAAGCGGAGGAGACGCUGUCUUGAGCCUACGAAAGCUCCCCCUGACCCUGGGGGCCAAGGGGGCCCCCCAACUGCAGAGGGACACCCUGGCUCGGCUGUUGAGGAUGUGGACUUGCUCUCGGUGGCCGAGAUGGUGGCCUUGGUGGAACAGCGGGCCGCCCUGGCCCUGCAGAGCUACCCACGGCCCGGCACUCCAACACCCGUGGUCUACGUGUCUACAGAGCAGAGCGGGCCGGCCAAAGGCCUGGGUGCUGAGCGGCGCACCGGAGGCCCAGACUGCAGCCGGGUGGCCGAAGCUGUGGCCCAUUUUGAGGCCCAGCGCGACAGCCCUCCGGCCAAGGGCCUCCACAAGGAGGAGCGGCCAGGCCCAGGUCCGGGCGAGGUACGAAUUGCCUUCCGGAUCUCCAAUGGCCGCGAAGCCCGUGCUUCCGAUGGUGCUUUGCCCAACGGUGGUGCAGGCCGGCCUGGUUGUGCCUACCCGGGCAGCCCGGGCCCUGGUGCUAGAGCCAAGGACAAGAUCACCUGUGACCUGUACCAGCUUAUCAGCCCGUCGCGGGACGCCCUCCCCAACAACGUAGAGUUCCUGCUGGCCCGCGCCGAUGAGGCCAGCGAGGGCCAGAGCCCGCAGCCAUCAAGGCCUGAGGAUGCACCCCCAGCACCCCCACCACCCCCGGCUCGGGACUGUGGUGGCGCUGCAGGUUUCCACGUGGACGUGGUGGUGACGGGCGUGGUGGACGAGUGCGUUUUCUUCGGCAAGGAUGGCACCAAGAACGUUAAGGAGGAGACGGUAUGCCUGACGGUCAGCCCCGAAGAGCCGCCACCACCUGGCCAGCUCUUCUUCCUGCAGUCCCGGGGCCCCGACGGACCCCCCGAGCCGCCCUCCACUUCUGCUUCUGCUGCUGCUGCCGCUGCCGCCGCUGCUGCCGUUGCAGCUGCUACUCCAGCAGGUUCGCCUGGACCCGACGAGGCCGAGACGCCGCCACAGCCGGCAGAUGCGUCCCUGUGUCGCCUGUACCGGCAUGUGUCGCAUGACUUUCUGGAGAUCCGCUUUAAGAUCCAGCGACUGCUGGAGCCGCGACAGUACAUGCUGCAGCUGCCUGAGCAUGUGCUGGUGAAGAUCUUCAGCUUCCUGCCCACCCGUGCCCUGGCCGCGCUCAAAUGCACCUGCCACCACUUCAAGGGUGUCAUCGAGGCAUUCGGCGUGCGGGCCACGGACUCACGCUGGAGCCGCGACCCGCUCUACCGGGACGACCCCUGCAAGCAGUGCCGCAAGCGCUACGAGAAGGGUGACGUGUCGCUGUGCCGCUGGCACCCCAAACCCUACCACCACGACCUGCCUUACGGACGCUCCUACUGGAUGUGCUGUCGUCGAGCCGACCGCGAGACCCCGGGCUGCCGUCUGGGGCUGCAUGACAAUAACUGGGUGCUGCCCUGCCAUGGGCCGGGGGGCGGCGGUGGAGGGGGUGCAGGCCGGGCCGGCCGGGAGGAGGGCAGGUGA